UUUUUUUUCUGUUAUUAUGAUCUCGACUGUACAAUAAUUCAAAACAACUAUUAGACCCAAAAAUCUUGUUUAAAUAAAAUUUAGCAUCCUUCUCAGAAAAUACAACAAAGAAGUCUAUGUUCAAUUGUUAACACUUAAAUGCCAGGAAACCCGUAUCUUUAACUCAAUCUUUACAGCAUUUUCAUAUUCUUAAUGCACCUUUAAGAUUAGUUUUAUUCUUUUAAAAAUAGCCAUUAUACGAGACGACAUAGAGUCUAAAAUGCUUCGGAAGGUGAAACAAUGACGUCAAACGUAAGAACCAAAAUGGCGACAUCAGUACUCCAACCAGAAUCGCGACGCGAACACGAACCGAAGGCGGAAAUAACCGAGUCCCCCCGACUGACCGAUGAUGAGCGCAUGGCGAUCCUCGAAGCGAAAGAGAGGGAGACAGGCGAGCUGCCUGCGGAACUGAGGGAAAGAGCUAGAUUGGAGCUGAGGGAAGAACCGGCGAUAAGGGAGCACGCUUUGGCGCAGAUGAGGCAUUUUAUUGAAAAACAUCCGGCUAUCAAAAAAUCUAGGACAGACGCGCCAUUCCUCCUGCGUUUCCUCCGCACCAAGAAGUACUCCGUCCCGCAAGCCUGCGCCAUGCUGGAACGCUACCUGACGCUGCGUCAGGUCCAUCCUCACUGGUUCCAGAAGCUAGACCCACUAGACCCUAAAAUAGCGGCCGUGAUUGACGCCGGGUAUCUCGUUCCGCUGCCGAAAAGAGACGCCGAGGGCAGAAGAGUCGUGUUAUCUUGCAUGGGCCGCUUCGACCCUCACGUAUACGAUAGCUGCGUCAUGGCGCGCGUCCACUCCAUGAUAGUGGAGAUGCUGCUGGACGAGCCCCGGAGCCAACUCCUGGGCUACACCCACGUGAACGAUGAAGCUGGCAUGCAGAUGCCGCACGUUAGCUUAUGGUCCUUCAACGAUGUGCGGACCAUGCUUAACUGUAUCCAGAAUUCAACACCGAUGCGCCACAAGUGUACUCAUUUUGUCAACGUGCCUCACUACGGAGCCAAGUUCUUCGAAUUCGCCGUAUCACUGCUCAGUGAUAAACUAAAGGACCGGGUUAUGUUUCAUCGCACCACCCAAGACCUGAAUAAGCACGUUGAUCCCGCUAUUUUACCCAAAGAAUACGGUGGCACGGUCCCUCUACGCGACAUGAUCGAAGAGUUGAAACGCAAACUUCUUAAACAUAGGGAAGAAUUACUUGCACUGGACGAAAUGUGUGUCGAUGUAAACGCUCUUGAGAAGAAUGAUAUUACUCAAGAUAUUCAUUCCACAGCUGGAUCAUUCAGAAAACUUGAAUUGGAUUAAUAUAUUAAGACCUCUUACUAUCUCUGGAAUUUCGGCUUAGUUUUUAUUUCAUUAUUAUAAUUCGUGACAUUCCACUCUUUUGUUAUUAUGGAUUUAAUUUUUAAGUAUAUUAUAGUAAUAUGAGCUGGCAAAUAAUUCUAAGCUUUCCAAUAGUUUUACAGACUUCAUAUUAUAAUCAUAGAUCUCAAUGGCUUCCCCUUCUAAUUAAGGAACGGGUUCUAUGCAAUUAUUUCAGAUUUAUGAAGGUUUUAAAAGACAAUUGCUUGGAUAAAUAUAGUCUGAAAAGCCAAUUUGUCAGUAGAAAAGGCACGUUAUCAAAAUUUUUAUUUAGGAGACCGAAACUUCAUGCCUAAUUUUUUUAGAAUUUGUAACCUUUUUUACUAAUGAAAUUAGUUUUCCUGACUAUAGUGAUACAUAUAAUAUACUUAUAAGAGGAAUAAUUGCAUUAACCUAGCACUAAUUAAGUAACUAUAAUAUUGACCUAGUGGCAGCCGUCGGUGGUGUCACGUUACCAUUCUGACCUUGCUGGGUUUGUAAAUCUCUCAUAACUGAUUGAUUAUGUAUGUGACCUAUGGGGACUGGAAUUUUUGUAAUUGUAAAGACAACCGAUUGAUACUUGUUGAGCUUGGAGUAUUGCGGGCUUCUGAUAAUGUAAACCCCAAAACUUGAAAUCACAGCUGUAUUCUAUACUUAAUUGUUCAUGACCUUGUUGAAGUUUUAGUUUAUUUUUGCAUGCUAAGUAAAAUACUGUUAUUAAUGCUUAAGAAUUAAAAGUACUUCGUAUU